UGAUCUUUCACAACAAAUUCAAAUUUUCCAAUAAACCCUCUUCUUCAUCCCCGAAAAUCAACGAUCUUCUCUGAAAAUGUCUGGACGUGGAAAGGGCGGCAAGGGAUUGGGAAAGGGAGGAGCAAAGCGUCAUAGAAAGGUUUUGAGAGACAACAUUCAGGGCAUUACCAAGCCUGCAAUUCGCCGUUUGGCUCGCAGAGGCGGUGUGAAGCGUAUCAGUGGAUUGAUCUAUGAAGAAACCAGAGGUGUUUUGAAGAUUUUCCUUGAGAAUGUGAUUCGUGAUGCUGUGACCUACACUGAGCACGCUAGGAGGAAGACGGUGACUGCCAUGGAUGUGGUUUAUGCCUUGAAAAGGCAAGGAAGGACUCUGUACGGUUUCGGAGGUUAGGUUAUCGAUUGAUUGUAGAUCUUGGCUGUGGAUCUGGAUUUUCUUAGGCUCUACUGGUCUUAUAGAUUAAUUUUCUCUUCUUUGUUCUAAAGCUUUUGAGAUAAUGAAUUGAAGGAUUACGCUAUGAAAAUUUGUUAGAAUGUUCUGAUCGAUUGAACCUUGUUAAUUAAUUAAUAAUUUUGG